AUGGAUCACUGUGACGAGCCCAGAUGCCACGGCGCAUGCGGCGGCAAUACCCGACUACUCAAGAUCAAGACAUACUUCACACAUCCCCAUCCGUACCAGGGAUUGUUUCCCUUGAUCCUCCCUUUCAUCAAGUGCAGCACCAACUGCUACAAGCGGGUUUUGGAUUAUCAGCGAAGCGACUUUCAGUACAUGGCAGAUCCCCGCAUCGACAUGAACAUAUCAGACAUUGAGACAGAAAUUGCGCAAGGCUGGAAGAAGCGCACGAUUCGAAAUUCGACAGCUGUAUGUGCCGUACGCCGGUCCAGUACGAAAUGCCCCCUCCCCGCCUCUCCCUCGGCCACCUGUGCCGCCGGCACAUGGAAUAUGGCUUGCCAAAGCCCAUCUGACGACCUCCCCUCAAACCUUCUCGCCCUCCCCGUUGAGCUUUUGGUGAAGGUUAUGGAAUACGCCGAACCUUCUUAUGAGAUGCAAGGAUUCAUACUGCGAGCCUGCCGCACCAAUCCUACCGCUGCGAUGCCAACACAGUUGAUGUUCUACGAGCGUCGAAAAUGGGCAGAAAUAAGUCUCUUCCAGGUGAACCGCGCUAUUCGCCGUCUGGCAACUGGAAUAUGGGGCCAACCCGCUCGAGAUGAUGUGCUUUUCGACGCACAAAGGAAUACCGUGGUCGUCCAAGGGGAGCGAGUCAGGAAAUGCGACGACAGUGUCUCCGACCGUGGUUUCGAUUACAAGCCACUACUCAUGCUGCAAGAUUGGGGGGAUCAAUAUCACUGGAUCCGCCACAACGGCGUGCUUAUGUUCCAAAGGCCCAUGGGCCAAGUUAUACCUUGGCACCAACCGACCAAGAUGUCCAUUCGCUUCCUAGAAGCAGUAAGGAAAAUUACCAUUGCGGACGACAACGAUGCUAUCUCGCAAGGUGACAUCUGGGAGCAUAUAUGGCGCUUCCUCGAUGAUUGCUUUGUCAACGCGCGGUUUAUCACAAUCGAAACACGUCACAUGGACGCCUGUGGCGCCUGGCCGGGUAUAAGAACCAGGGACCAUUACAAGGCACGCGACCUCUGGGUCCUUUCUGGCCUUCUUCGAGCAGAAAACUCGUCCGGAGAAAAGCAGAGAAUCUUUCCUAACUUGGACUGCGUCAUAAUUGAAAAAACCACAACUUCGUGCUCUUGGGAAUGGGCCAACUGGCGACAUGCACUUGUCACACGCUACACGGGAGAAUGGUUAUUCGAGACGGGAAAGGGCAACCAGCCAAAUGUGUUGAUCUCUUGA